AUGCCAAAUAAGAAUAAGAAUAAGAAUAAGAAGUCAAGUAAUAGAAAGAUUAAUAGACAAAAAGAAGAUGAAGAAUUAAACAAACUACAAGACAGAAUAAAUAAUUAUAAUCCAAAAACUGAUGAAUCUACAAUUUCUCAAUUUGAUGAUCUACCCAUUACUUCAAAUACAAUUAAAGGUUUAAAAGAAUCUUCAUUUAUUUCAUUAACUGAUGUACAAAAAAAAACAAUACCAAUAUCAUUAAAAGGUUAUGAUGUUUUAGGUACUGCAAAAACAGGAUCAGGUAAAACUUUAGCAUUUUUAAUACCAGUAAUUGAAUCAUUAGUUAGAAAUAAAAUUACUGAAUUUGAUGGAUUAGCAGCUUUGAUUGUGUCACCAACUAGAGAAUUAGCAAUACAAAUAUUUGAAGUAUUGACUAAAAUUGGAAAAUAUAAUUCAUUUUCAGCUGGGUUAGUCACUGGUGGUAAAGAUUUAAAAUUUGAAAAAGAACGAGUUUCAAAAAUGAAUAUAUUAGUAGGUACACCAGGUAGAUUAUCACAACAUUUAAAUGAAUCAAUCGGAAUGGAAACUUCAAAUUUACAACUAUUAGUCCUUGAUGAAGCUGAUCGUUGUUUAGAUAUGGGUUUUAAAAAGCAAAUUGAUAAUAUUAUAUCUCAUUUACCUCCAACAAGACAAACUUUAUUAUUUUCAGCAACUCAAUCUGAUUCAGUUAAAGAAUUGGCAAGAUUAUCAUUAACUAAUCCACAAAGAAUUGGAAUUUCAACAGAUGAAGAAAUUUCAAAUACUCCUGAAUCAUUAGAUCAAUAUUAUAUAAAGAUACCAUUGGAAGAAAAAUUGGAUAUUUUAUGGUCAUUUAUUAAAUCACAUUUGAAGUCUAAAAUUCUUGUAUUUUUUUCAUCUUCAAAACAAGUACAAUAUGCUUAUGAAACUUUUAGAACUUUACAACCAGGUAUAUCAUUAUUAAAAUUAUAUGGAAGACAUAAGCAAACUUCAAGAAUGGAAACAACAUAUAAAUUUUCAAAUGCUCAACAUGCUUGUUUAUUUGCAACUGAUAUAGUAGCUCGAGGUUUAGAUUUUCCUGCUAUUGAUUGGGUAAUUCAAUUGGAUUGUCCUGAAGAUGUAGCUACUUAUGUUCAUAGAGUUGGUCGAAGUGCUAGAUUUGGAAGAAACGGUAAAAGUUUAUUAAUGUUAUUACCAUCUGAAGAAGAUGGAUUUUUAAAAAGAUUAAAAUUACAUAAAAUUGAACCAAAAUUAAUGAAUAUAAAACAAAAAUUGAAAAAAUCAAUUAAACCACAAUUACAAUCAUUAUGUUUUAAAGAUCCAAUAAUGAAAUAUUUAGGACAAAGAGCAUUUAUUGCAUAUUUUAAGUCGGUAUAUAUACAAAAAGAUAAAGAUGUAUUUAAAAUUGAUGAAUUACCAGCUGAAUCUUAUGCUGCAUCUUUAGGAUUACCAGGGGCACCAAAGAUAAAAGUAAAAGGUGGUGACUCAGAAUCAAACAAGGAGAAAAAGAAUACAUCAAGACAAGUAUUAGCAUUAUCUAAAUUAGAUGAAAAUGGAGAAGAAACAAUACCAAAUAUAGAUAAAAUUAAAACAAAAUAUGAUCGUAUGUUUGAUAGGAAAAAUCAAACUAUAUUAUCCGAUCAUUAUUUAAAAAUGACUGGAAACAAAGCAACUACUAAUCAAGAUUCAGAUGAUGAUUUUAUGACAAUUCGUCGUAAAGAUCAUGAAUUAAAUGAAGAUGAAUUACCUGAUCUAUCUAUCCCUGUUUCUAAAAGACAAGCUAAAAAAGCAUUAUCUAAAAAAAUUUCAUUAUCAUCAAAGGGAAAUCCCACAAAAUUGAAAUUUGAUGAUGAUGGUAAUCCACAUGCUAUUUAUGAAUUAGAAAAUGAAGAAGAUUUUAAAAAAUUAGGUGAUGCAAAUGAACAAAAGAAGAAAUUUGUAGAACAAGAAAGAGAAAUGAUGAAAAUUUCAGAUUUAAAUGAUAAAGAAGUUGCAAGAUUGAAAAGAAAAGAAAAGAAAAGAAAAAGAAAAGAAAUUGAACAGAGAAUGAGAGAAGAAGAUGAGUAUUAUAGUGAUGAUGAAGUAAUUGCAACUUUAGGUACUCCAGAUUUGGAAAAAGAUAUGGUAUUUGAAGAGAAAGAAGAACCAGUUAAUAAAAAACCUAAAUGGUUCGAAUCAGAAAACAAUAAGAAAGAUAAAUAUGAUAUUAUUGAAGUUAAUGAACCUGAAACUUUGGAAGAUUUAGAAUCAUUAACGGCUAAAUUAAUAGGAAAUUAA